GUGACAGACUGAGAUGUUGACAGUCGCAUUUGGUCGCAUUUGGAAAAGAAAAAUCAUUGACAGGUUGACGGUGUUAUUUGGUCAACGUUUAAGAAAAUUCGCAAUUUGAUGCCUUUUUAUUGCUCGCAUCGCAUGCCCACAUCUCCAAUUCGCUGCAAAAUCAUUACCCAAUUACUCCGCAAUAGUCGUUUAGUACGCACCGCACAAAUAUGAUAAAAUUAUUCUCCUUGAAACAACAGAAAAAAGACGGGGAAACUUCGCCCAGGGCUGGCAAUCAGAAAAAACCCUCAGCAGCACAGCUAAGGAUAACGAAAGACAUAAACGAAUUAAAUUUGCCCAAGACAUGCACUACAGAAUUCCCAGAUCCUGAUGACCUACUCACAUUCAAACUGAUCAUAUGCCCAGAUGAAGGCUUCUACAGAACUGGCCGCUUCGUAUUCAGUUUCAAAGUAGGACCCAAUUACCCGCACGAGCCACCUAAAGUAAAAUGUGAAACACAAGUAUAUCAUCCAAACAUUGACCAGAAUGGCAAUGUUUGCUUGAACAUCCUCAGAGAGGACUGGAAGCCAGUUCUAACAAUAAACAGCAUUGUCUAUGGGCUGCAGUACUUGUUCCUGGAGCCCAAUCCUGAGGAUCCAUUGAACAAGGAGGCAGCUGAGGUACUCACAAACAACCGACGUUUGUUCGAACAGAAUGUUCAGAAGGCGAUGCGCGGUGGGCAGAUUGGUGGCACGUAUUUUGUCCGGUGCUUGAAGUGAUUGCAGUCAGAAUCACCAUACUUGAUGGGAGACUCAAGUAUAACAUCUUAACAACACACUUUAAGGCAAUUUAUAUUAUAUACAUAGUUAAUGUCCUUUCAAUAAUUAUAAAUAAGGCAUUAUUUUUCAUUUUGGCUGAAAAUUUGAACGAUUACAGUUGGAAGAUGCUUAACAUUUAAUUUUAUUUAUUUUAUUUUUAUCAAAACGGAAAAUGUUGUCUUUUUAUAAUUCAUAACCGGCAUAACAUCUAUUUGGGCCAUCAGAGUUAUUUUACCUUGAACUAAAACAUUUAUUAUAUUCUUUCAACAUUCACAUUUUAAAUUAGAAAUUUUCGCACCACUCGUUGUUAAUAAAUAAUGGAUGAAAUUUUGUUGCAUAUUUUAGGUUUUAAUUGUAUUUAAUUGUUCGCGGGUGAUUUUGUUUCAAGUUUUUACUUAAUUUAUUAUGCAAAAAGGCGUCUAUAAAUUUAAUACCUACAUAUUUUGAUAACUAAGGAUCACGCAUGUUUGCCCAGAAAUAAUUGAAUAUAAAUGUAAGUUUAGUGAGUUGGACGAGGAGUUGUGGUCUCUUUAAAGAAAUAAACUGAUAUUUUUAAAGGUU